UACCAUCUAUAUUGCAGAUUAGGUCAUCACUUUUUUUAUCGCAAACAUUCCUGUUUGUACAACAAUGACGUAUGAUGAACAAUAUACAGGCUACUUCCGGAAUGAAUCUAUUUACAAUUGAGAAAUAGGGCAGAUCUCGAGCGGCAAAUUCUAUGUUCUUUGUUUUAUUAUAUAAAUGUAUGGUCCAUGGUGAUAUUGUGUUUAUAAAUCACGCAGGUCUUUUUGCCUGUGGCAUGUUCGAUAUAGCACAUUUUGGAAAGGACCCGAGAUAAGCGCAAGGCACAGUGCAGACGGUAGGCUAAUUAAAAUGCAUCUUUGUCUUGCAUGAGCAUCAUUAUUAGCGGCCACCCAAUGUAGGCCAAGUCUAUCUAACGUUUAAAAAUGUAUUCUGAUCAUUGUGUGAACCUAGGCGCACCUCGAUUUUAACUGGAGAAUACAUGGUUUUACUGGUGAUGGGGAGAACAAUCUAGAAAGGAAAUGUAUUCAAUGUGUUGCAAAUGUAGCAAGAAAAAAGUAUAUGCAUUUACAGCGUAAUAGGCCAACCGUGGAAUUCAGUGCCGUUGCCCUUUCGUUCUUAUUAAUUCAUUGGUUGUUGUUAUAUAGGCUAGUCCACACGGUUAAAUACUGUACGAUGUAACGCAUUUGGACUGCAUUAAAUCACAUUUUCUCUGCCAUCAUGCCAUAGGCUACGAUCCUCACUCUGCUUGUUUUGUUUUGCAUGGCUGUCUGUUCAGUCAUCCAUCAGGGUUUAGAAUAAAGGUAUUUCUUUGUCUCAUAGUGUUCUGUCAUUUUAUUUAUGUUUUGCGUUAUGUUCCCACUUCUCGUUUUCAUAAUUUAAUAACACCUACUUACUGAUCAUGCAGGGAAAGAAAAUAUCUGUACAGUGUUCAUUUAGUAUCAAAUGCAUAAUUUGCUUUCAAAAUGUACUUGCCACUUUCCAAUUUAAUAACAGCAUUCAUGGUUCUUUGAGAGUCCAUUGCAUUUGUUUGGCUCCCAGUGCUGUAAAUAGUUCCAUCCAUAUAAUUAGAAUACAUUAUAUUUAUACUGUUCCAUUCUCACCAUGCUUUGUCAGUCCAAUCAUACAAUCUCAUGUAAAACUGAACAUCCCAUCCAUUCGCCCAUACAUUAGUUUGUGUUUCCAGCAUUGAUAGAUACACAAUGUGGCCCUAAGACUUGAUUAGUGUAGCUGCAAUCCACAGAACAAGAUACACAGAUUAAACCUAUAGGUGACCAUGAUACUGAUACACAGAUUAAACCUAUAGGUGACCAUGAUACUGAUACACAGAUUAAACCUAUAGGUGACCAUGAUACUGAUACACAGAUUAAACCUAUAGGUGGCCAUGAUACUGAUACACAGAUUAAACCUAUAGGUGGCCAUGAUACUGAUACACAGAUUAAACCUAUAGGGGCAUGAUACUGAUACAAGAAUUAAACCUAUAGCUGGUCCAUGAUACUGAUACACAGAUUAAACCUAUAGGUGGCCAUGAUACACUGAUACAAAGAUUAAACUAAAGCUGGCCAUGAUACUGAUUAACAGAUUAAAACUAUAGCUGGCCAUGAUACUGAUUAACCUAUAGGUGAAGUUUUGACAUUUUAGGUCAUUGAGCCAGACGCUCUUAUCCAGAGCGAACCUUUCCAGGUUAGUGCGUGCAUACAUUUUUCAUACUGGCCCCCACGUGGGGAAACGAACCCACAACCCUGGCGUUGCAGCGCCAUUGGCUCUACCAACUGAGCUACACGGGACUUAUCCAUGGGUGGACCAUGAUACUGAUACGAGGAUUAACCCUUACUAGGGGGACCAUGAUUACUGUACAGAGAUUAAACCUAUAUGAUGCCAUGAUGCUGUACAUCACCCAUGGAUUGAUUGUGUAAUCAACUUUAAUGGUAGCAUGAAAGGUUUUUGUAGAGCUCCUAUAUGUACAGUCAGUGCUAGAAAGGGUAUUGGUAAUCUUGUCUACCAGCCAGGUCUUUCUGAACCUAUGUGCAGUAGCAUCUGAGACUGGGAACAAGGUUGUGGUAUUGGUAACAACACAUCAAGGUUAGGGAUUCAUUAUCAUUGGGAAAACAUAGUAGUACAUUAGAAUUAUGGUACCAUACAAUCAUGAGAAGUAGUUCACAUUAUGAUAACUCCAUUAUCCAUGCAGUUCUGUAGCCUGGUCCCAGAUCUGUUUGUGCUCUUGCCAACUCCAUUACUCAUUGUCAAGCCAAACAUACAGUACCAGUCAAAGGUUUGGGCACACCGACUCAUUCAAGGGUUUUUCUUUAUUUUUACUAUUUUCUACAUUGUAGAAUAAUAGUGAAGACAUCAAAACUAUGAAAUAAAACACAUGGAAUCAUGUAGUAACCAAAAAAGUGUUAAACAAAUCCAAAUAUAUUUGAAAUUCUUCAAAGUAACCACCAUUUGCCUUGAUGACAGCUUUGCACACUCUUGGCAUUCUCUCAACCAGCUUCAUGAGGUAGUCACCUGGAAUGCAUUUCAAUUAACAGGUGUGCCUUCUUAAAAGUUAAUUUGUGGAAUUUCUUUCCUUCUUAAUCCAUUUGAGCCAGUCAGUUGUGUUGUGACAAGGUAGGGGUGGUAUACAGAAGAUAGCCCUAUUUUGUAAAAGACCAAGUCCAUAUUUUGGCAAGAACAGCUCAAAUAAGCAAAGAGAAACGACAGUCCAUCAUUACUUUAAGACAGGGGUGUCAAACGUACGGCCCGCGGGCCGGAUCAGGCCCGCAAACGGGUUUAAUCCGGCCCGCGAGAUGAUUUUGAAAAAGAAAAAAAAAUUAUAUAUAUUUUUUUUUUUUUAAAGUAUAAAAAUGCGCUGCAAUUUUUCAAUAAAAUAAACUGCUGUUCCAAUUGCGUCCCCUGGAUGGCGCAAUAGCAAUUGUGUUAAGCAAGCAAACUGUUUAUACCGGGGCAGAGCAAGUAGGUCAAGCACGUGCAGCCAAUGAGCUACUUUGUUUUGCCCGCGAUAUUUAUUACGGCUUCUACUUUUAACAUUAUGUGCUUUGGCACCCUCAUUGCCCCAAUAUGUCUCUGUCAAAAAAGAGAAAAGUGGACGCAGAGUGCAGAGUGUUCCAAGAAAAAUGGUCAUCCUAUUUAAUCACGGAAUUGAAUGGGAAAGCUGUAUGUUUGGUGUGUUCAGAGCAUGUUGCAGUGCUGAAAUAAUAUAACCUUCGUCGCCACUAUGUGAGUCUUCAUGCCGACAAAUAUGACAACUUUCAAGGACAGCAGAGAUGAGAGAAGGUGAAUGAACUGUUGGCGGGUCUGAAGAAACAGCAGUCUGUGUUUACUCACAGCCGAGACAUCAGUGACGCUGCAGUGAAAGCUAGCUACCUCAUUGCUAAUGAAAUCGCAGUGGCUUCAAAACCAUUUAGUGAGGGUGAAUUUGUAAAAACAUGCAUGAUGAAGGCAGCGGAGAUUGUGUGCCCUGAAAAGCGGCAGGCUUUUGCAAAUAUCAGCCUGACAAGAAACACAGUUGCAGACAGGAUUUCCGAUCUUUCAGUGGAUUUGGACAGCCAGUUGAAGCAAAAAGUAAAGUCAUUUAUUGCAUUUUCGGUUGCAAUUGAUGAAAGCACGGACAUUACAGAUGUUGCACAACUGGCCAUUUUUUCAUCCGCGGAGUUGAUGACACAUUGACCGUCACCGAGGAGUUCGUGGAGUUGGUGCCGAUGACAGAUACAACGACAGCAGCUGAUAUGAAGGUGGUCAUCCAAACUGUUAAUUUCAUCCGAUCCAGAAGCCUGAAUCACCGUCAGUUUGACAGCCUUCUCAGAGAGAAAGACCACAUCUAUGGCCUGCCAUACCACACUGAGGUAAGAUGGUUAAGCCGAGGUGCUGUGCUGAGGCGUUUCUUUGAUUUACAAGAAGAAAUUGAACAGUUCAUGGAAGAAAAGGGCAAACCAGUGUUAGAAUUUCAUUCCGCAGAAUGGAUGCCGGACCUUGCAUUUAUGGUGGAUGUUACAGAGCACCUGAAUAACUUGAACAAACAGCUGCAAGGGCGCAACAAAGUUGUCACGCAGUAUUAUGACAGCAUACGUUCUUUCAAGUUGAAGCUGUCAUUGUGGGAGACGCAACUUGCCGGUGGUGAUGCAGCUCACAUCCCCUGUCUGAAAAAUGUGUGCGCGACCCAACAUGUGGCAGACAUGAAGCGGUUCAAAGAUAAAAUAACUGGACUGUUACGGGAGUUUGAGCAACGCUUUCAGAUGUAUGUUUAUAUGUUUUUAUGUUGAUGUGCUAUUGUUUUUAAUUGAUUUUAUUUUAUUUGUAUAUUUAACCUAUUCUUGACUCUGUGGUUCUUGCACUUGUUUGGGGAACAGGAUUUCAUUAUUUUUAUCUACAUUUCUGCCUGAGAAAUGACACCCUGAUAUAGUUCUGUGAUCUGUGAAACAGUUCUGUUAAUCACUGAGGCAUUGUGUGUUUGUGUGUUCUUUUUCUUUAGAAUUUUCAAAUAAACUUGACGUGUUUUAUGAUUAAUAGUGAUGUUGUGCUUGUACUAUUUUGGACACACUGUCCUCAGGCUCCAGCUUUAUGUUGUAUGUUGAUAGUAUUAAAACAAAGAAGACAAUCUGAAGUUGUUGUUUUUAAGUUAUAUAUACCAUGAUUUUUCCGGUCCGGCCCACUUGGGAAUAGAUUUUCCUCCAUGUGGCCCCUGAGCUAAAAUGAGUUUGACACCCCUGCUUUAAGACAUGAAGGUCAGUCAAUCCGGAAAGUUUCAACAACUUCGAAAGUUUCUUCAAGUGCAGUCACAAAAACCAUCAAGCUCUAUGACGAAACUGGCUCUCUUGAGGACCGCCACAGGAAUGGAAGACCCAGAUUUACCUCUGCUGCAAAGGAUGAAUUCAUUAGAGUUAACUGCACCUCAGAUUGCAGCCCAAAUAAAUGCUUCACAGAGUUCAAGUAACAGACACAUCUCAACAUCAACUGUUCAGAGGAGACUGCGUGAAUCUGGUAUUCAUGGUCGAUUUGCUGCGAAGAAACCACUACUAAAGGUCACCAAUAAGAAGAAGAGACUUGCUUGGGCCAAGAAACACGAGCAAUGGACAUUAGACCGGUGGAAAUCUGUCCUUUGGUCUGAUGAGUCCAGAUUUGAGAUUUUUGGUUCCAACCGCCGUGUCUUUGUGAGACGCAGAUUAGGUGAACGGAUGAUCUCCGCAUGUGUGGUUCCCACCAUGAAGCAUGGAGGAGGAGGUGUGAUGGUGUGGUGGUGCUUUGCUGGUGACACUGUCUAUGAAUUAUUUAUUUAGAAUUCAAGGCACACUUAACCAGCAUGGCUACCACAGCAUUCUGCGGCGAUACGCCAUCCCAUCUGGUUUGCACUUAGUGGGACUAUCAUUUGUUUUUCAACAGGACAAUGACCCAAAACACACCUCCAGGCUGUGUAAGGGCUAUUUGACCAAGAAGGAGAGUGAUGGAGUGCUGCAUCAGAUGACCUGGCCUCCACAAUCACCCGACCUCAACCCAAUUGAGAUGGUUUGGGAUGAGUUGGACCGCAGAGUGAAGGGAAAGCAGCCAACAAGUGCUCAGCAUAUGUGGGAAUUCCUUCAAGACUGUUGGAAAAGCAUUCCUCAUGAAGCUGGUUGAGAGAAUGCCAAGAGUGUGCAAAGCUGUCAUCAAGGCAAAGGGGGGCUACUUGAAAAAAACACUUUUUUGGUUACCACAUGAUUCCAUAUGUGUUAUUUCAUAGUUUUGAUGUCUUCACUAUUAUUCUACAAUGUAGAAAAUUGUAAAAAAAUAAAUAAAAAAACCCCUUGAAUGAGUAGGUGUCCAUACUUUUGACUUGUACUGUACAUGACAAGGAUUGACAAGGAGUUGGCAUGAUAGCACAAACAGACUUGCACUCAGGCUAGCGGUUCUCAGAGAGAAUUGGUGAAUAUUCCAGUGGUGCUACUGUGCUGUAUGUAUCAACAUGCAGAAUGAACCAGGCUAACUGCUGUAUGUAUCAACAGGCAGAAUGAACCAGGCUAACUGCUGUAUGUAUCAACAUGCAGAAUGCUGCUUUCUUAUCUAUCUAGUAGGCGAAGAUGUCUGACAAAAGUGACCUGAAAGCUGAGCUGGAGCGAAAGAAACAGAGGUUAGCUCAAAUACGAGAGGAGAAGAAGAGAAAGGAGGAGGAGAGGAAAAAGAAGGAGGUGAGAGAAAUUUAUAUUAAUGUGAAUGUGAUGUGAACUUCUUUGGUUUAGUUCAGCAUCUCAAAUGAGGAUUAAUAGAGCAUUUCUAUGUGUAUCAGAAGUCUGAUUUGGGUUGGUAGUGUUUCUCAAGUCUUUGUGGAGCUACACUGGUUCAGACCCAAAUGGCACCCUAUUCCCUAUAUAAUGCACUUCAAAUGGCACCAUAUUCACUAUAUAAUGCACUACUUUUGACCAGAGUCAGUGCACCAUGUAGGGAAUAGGGUGCUAUGUGGGACACAGUCAGUGAUACUUGUUCUCCCCAACACCUGUUCAGUCUGAGAGUCUUCAGCAGAAGACAGAGAAUGUCUCUGAAGAUUCUGACUUGGACCGCAAACGAAGAGAGACGGAAGCGCUGCUGCAGAGUAUUGGGAUCUCACCAGAACCACCAUUAGGUAUACCAGUCAUAGCCUUGUUGCUUUCUGAGAUCAUCCUACCCUACCAUCCUACUGACCUUUCUGAGAUCAUCCUACCCUACCCUCAUACUGACCGUUCUGAGAUCAUCCUACCCUACCAUCCUACUGACCUUUCUGAGAUCAUCCAACCCUACCAUACUGACCAGUCUGAGGUCAUCCUACCCUACCAUCAUACUGACCAGUCUGAGAUCAUCCUACCCUACCCUCAUACUGACAAGUCUGAGAUCAUCCUACCCUACCCUCAUACUGACCAGUGAGAUCAUCCUACCCUACCAUUGUACUGACCAGUCUGAGAUCAUCCUACCCUACCAUUGUACUGACCAUUCUGAGAUCAUCCUACCCUACCAUUGUACUGACCAGUCUGAGAUCAUCUUACCCUACCCUCAUACUGACCUUUCUGAGAUCAUCCUACCCUACCAUUGUACUGACCAGUCUGAGAUCAUCCUACCCUACCAUUGUACUGACCAGUCUGAGAUCAUCCUACCCUACCAUUGUACUGACCAGUCUGAGAUCAUCCUACCCUACCAUUGUACUGACCAGUCUGAGAUCAUUCUACCCUACCAUACUGACCAGUCUGAGAUCAUCCUACCCUACCCUCAUACUGACCAGUCUGAGAUCAUCCUACCCUACCCUCAUACUGACCAUUCUGAGAUCAUCCUACCCUACCCUCAUACUGACCUUUCUGAGAUCAUCCUACCCUACCAUACUGACCUUUCUGAGAUCAUCCUACCCUACCAUACUGACCUUUCUGAGAUCAUCCUACCCUACCAUACUGUCCAGUCUGAGAUCAUUCUACCCUACCAUACUGACCAGUCUGAGAUCAUCCUACCCUACCCUCAUACUUUCCUUUUGUGGAAAUAGUGUAGCAUCACUUUCAAAUAAUUUUAAUUAUGUUUUUCCCCACUUAAUUUCAUUUUCAUGAAUAAGAUUGUAGAUUUAGUUGAGAGCACAUAUCGGGCCGGUUUCCCAGACACAUAUUAAACCUUGUCCUGGACUAAAAAUAUAUUUAAAUGGAUAAUCUCCAGUGAGAAUGCUUUUCAGUCCUGGACUAGGUUUAAUCUGUGUCUGGGAAACUGUCCCGUCCUGGUUUAUUGAGUGUAUCUUGUGGUAAUGGUCUCCAUACAAAACAAUCAAGUCAUGAAAUUAUCUACAGUUUACAGUAUAUCAUAUAUUUAAACAAAUACUUUACAUUAUUAAUUGACUCUCAUUUUUCCUUUAUGGUAUAAACACAUUCAAAUUCCAUUGUGUCAUUGUCAAAAGGUUAGUUAUAAAAAUCCACUGAUUUGGUUGAUAGGGUUAUGGAUUGAUGGCAGCUCUUAUUUAUUUAUUUUUUAUGAAGAUGUAUUUAUUUUAGGAGAUUAUGUAUUCAAUUCAGAUGGUUAGUUUGAUGUGAUACAGUUGAAGUCGGAAGUUUCCAUACACCUUAGCCAAAUACAUUUAAACUCAGUUUUUCACAAUUCCUGACAUUUAAUCCUAGCAAAAAUGCCCUGUUUUAGGUCAGUUAGGAUCACCACUUUAUUUUAAGAAUGUGAAAUGUCAGAAUAAUAGUAGAGAGAAUUAUUUAUUUCAGCUUUUAUUUCUUUCAUCACAUUCCCAGUGGGUCAGAAGUUUACAUACACUCAAUUAGUAUUUGGUAGCAUUGCCUUUAAAUUGUUUAACUUUUGGUCAAACGUUUUGGGUAGUCUUCCACAAGCUUCCCACAAUAAGUUGGGUGAAUUUUGGCCCAUUCCUCCUGACAGAGCUGGUGUAACGGAGUCAGGUUUGUAGGCCUCCUUGCUCGCACACGCUUUUUCAGUUCUGCCCACAAAUUUUCUAUAGGAUUGAGGUCAGGGCUUUGUGAUGGCCACUCCAAUACAUUACAUUUACAUUUUAGUCAUUUAGCAGACGCUCUACCUUGACUUUGUUGUCCUUAAGCCAUUUUGCCACAACUUUGGAAGUAUGCUUGGGGUCAUUGUCCAUUUGGAAGAUCAUUUGCAACCAAGCUUUAACUUCCUGACUGAUGUCUUGAGAUGCUGCUUCAAUAUAUCCACAUAAUUUUCCUCCCUCAUGAUGCCAUCUAUUUUGUGAAGUGCACCAGUCCCUCCUGCAGCAAAGCACCCCCACAGCAUGAUGCUGCCACCCCCGUGCUUCACGGUUGGGAUGGUGUUCUUCAGCUUGCAAGCACCCCCCUUUUUCCUCCAAACAUAACGAUGGUCAUUAUGGCCAAACAGUUCUAUUUUUGUUUCAUCAGACCAGAGGACAUUUCUCCAGAAAGUAUGACAUUAGUCCUCAUGUGCAGUUGCAAACCAUGGUCUGGCUUUUUUAAGGGGGUUUUGUAGCAGUGGCUUCUUCCUUGCUGAGCAGCCUUUCAGGUUAUGUCGAUAUAGGACUCGUUUGACUGUGGAUAUAGAUACUUUUGUACCUGUUUCCUCUAGCAUCUUCACAAGGUCCUUUCCUGUUGUUCUGGGAUUGAUUUGCACUUUUCUUACCAAAGUACGUUCAUCUCUAGGAGACAGAACGCGUCUCUUUCCUGAGCGGUAUGACGGCUGCGUGUUUAUACUUGCGUACUAUUGUUUGUACAGAUGAAUGUGGUACCUUCAGGCGUUUGGAAAUUGCUCCCAAGGAUGAACCAGACUUGUGGAGGUCUACAAUUAUUUUUCUUAGGUCUUGGCUGAUUUCUUUUGAUUUUCCCAUGAUGUCAAGCAAAGAGGCACUGAGUUUGAAGGUAGGCCUUGAAAUACAUCCACAGGUACACCUCCAAUUGACUCAAAUGAUGUCAAUUAGCCUAUCAGAAGCUUCUAAAGCCAUGACAUCAUUUUCUGGAAUUUUCCAAGCUGUUUAAAGACCCACUGGAAUUGUGAUACAUUGAAUUAUAAGUGAAAUAAUCUGUCUGUAAACAAUUGUUGGAAAAAUUACUUGUGUCAUGCACAAAGUAGAUGUCCUAACCGACUUACCAAAACUAUAGUUUGUUAAUAAGAAAUGUGUGGAGUGGUUGAAAAACAAGUUUUAAUGACUCCAACCUAAGUGUAUGUAAACUUCCGACUUCAACUGUACGUCAACAUAUUGAAAGAGUUCACACUAGUUGGCGAUCGUGCCUUAUUAUGUCACAAACCAACAGGAGAGGAGUUGGGUAUCCAUCAGAAAGUACGUUUAACUAUCUCUUCCUCUUUUCUUGUGAAUUUUUUCUUCCUUUGCUUUGAACCAUUUCAAUCCAUCCUGUUGAUUUGGAACCCUUCUGGUUUGGCUGUGGGGUUCUGACUGCUGGCCACCAGGGCAGCCUCUGCAGCUCUUAACAUGGGAUACCUGUUAUUUUCAUUAUUUAGUCCCAACCCCUAUGUCUCCCUCUUCACAAUCAGUGAGCACCACCAGUGAUGCUGGCAGCCAGGGUCCGUAGAUGGUUGGAGACGUAAGUAUGGAACCUCUCUUUACUGAUCACAAUGUUUCAGUCCUGGACAGGUUAAUCUGUGUCUGGGAAACGUCCGUCCGGUUUAUUGAGUGUAUCUUGUGGAUUGGUCUCCAUAAAACAAUCAAGUCAUGAAAUUAUUUCAGUUUACAGUAUAUCAUAUAUUAAACAAAUAAUUACAUUAUUAAUUGACUCUCAUUUUCCCUUUAUGGUAUAAACACAUUCAAAUUCCAUUGUGUCAUUGUCAAAAGGUUAGUUAUAAAAAUCCAUUGAUUUGGUUGAUAGGGUUAUAUAUUCAUGGAUUGAUGGCAGCUCUUUUUUUUAAAUGAAGAUUUAUUUUAGGAGACUAGGUAUGAAUCUAUGUAUUCAAUUCAGAUGGUUAGUUUGAUGUGAUACAGUUGAAGUCGGAAGUUUUCAUACACCUUAGCCAAAUACAUUUAAACUCAGUUUUUCACAAUUCCUGACAUUCAAUCCUAGUAAAAAUGCCCUGUCUUAGGUCAGUUAGGAUCACCACUUUAUUUUAAGAAUGUGAAAUGUCAGAAUAAUAGUAGAGAGAAUGAUUUAUUUCAGCUUUUAUUUCUUUCAUCACAUUCCCAGUGGGUCAGAAGUUUAAUUGUUUAACUUGGGUCAAACGUUUUCCACAAGCUUCCCACAAUAAGUUGGGUGAAUUUUGGUCCAUUCCUCCUGACAGAGCUGGUGUAACGGAGUCAGGUUUGUAGGCCUCCUUGCUUGCACGCGCUUUUUCAGUUCUGCCCACAUAUUUUCUAUAGGAUUGAGGUCAGGGCUUUGUGAUGGCCACUCCAAUACCUUGACUUUGUUGUCCUUAAGCCAUUUUGCCACAACUUUGGAAGUAUGCUUGGGGUCAUUGUCCAUUUGGAAGACCCAUUUGCGACCAAGCUUCCUGACUGAUGUCUUGAGAUGUUGCUUCAAUACAGUGGGGAAAAAUUUUAUUUAGUCAGCCACCAAUUGUGCAAGUUCUCCCACUUAAAAAGAUGAGAGAGGCCUGUUAUUUUCAUCAUAGGUACACGUCAACUAUGACAGACAAAAUGAGAAAGAAAAUCCAGAAAAUCACAUUGUAGGAUUUUUUAUGAAUUUAUUUGCAAAUUAUGGUGGAAAAUAAGUAUUUGGUCAAUAACAAAAGUUUCUCAAUACUUUGUUAUAUACCCUUUGUUGGCAAUGACACAGGUCAAACGUUUUCUGUAAGUCUUCACAAGGUUUUCACACACUGUUGCUGGUAUUUUGGCCCAUUCCUCUAUCCAGAUCUCCUCUAGAGCAGUGAUGUUUUGGGUCUGUCGCUGGGCAACACAGACUUUCAACUCCCUCCAAAGAUUUUCUAUGGGGUUGAGAUCUGGAGACUGGCUAGGCCACUCCAGGACCUUGAAAUGCUUCUUACGAAGCCACUCCUUCGUUGCCCGGGCGGUGUGUUUGGGAUCAUUGUCAUGCUGAAAGACCCAGCCACGUUUCAUCUUCAAUGCCCUUGCUGAUGGAAGGAGGUUUUCACUCAAAAUCUCACGAUACAUGGCCCCAUUCAUUCUUUCCUUUACACGGAUCAGUCGUCCUGGUCCCUUUGCAGAAAAACAGCCCCAAAGCAUGAUGUUUCCACCCCCAUGCUUCACAGUAGGUAUGGUGUUCUUUGGAUGCAACUCAGCAUUCUUUGUCCUCCAAACACGACGAGUUGAGUUUUUACCAAAAAGUUAUAUUUUGGUUUCAUCUGACCAUAUGACAUUCUCCCAAUCCUCUUCUGGAUCAUCCAAAUGCACUCUAGCAAACUUCAGACGGGCCUGGACAUGUACUGGCUUAAGCAGGGGGACACGUCUGGCACUGCAGGAUUUGAGUCCCUGGCGGAGUAGUGUGUUACUGAUGGUAGGCUUUGUUACUUUGGUCCCAGCUCUCUGCAGGUCAUUCACUAGGUCCCCCCGUGUGGUUCUGGGAUUUUUGCUCACCGUUCUUGUGAUCAUUUUGACCCCACGGGGUGAGAUCUUGCGUGGAGCCCCAGAUCGAGGGAGAUUAUCAGUGGUCUUGUAUGUCUUCCAUUUCCUAAUAAUUGCUCCCACAGUUGAUUUCUUCAAACCAAGCUGCUUACCUAUUGCAGAUUCAUUCUUCCCAGCCUGGUGCAGGUCUACAAUUUUGUUUCUGGUGUCCUUUGACAGCUCUUUGGUCUUGGCCAUAGUGAAGUUUGGAGUGUGACUGUUUGAGGUUGUGGACAGGUGUCUUUUAUACUGAUAACAAGUUCAAAAUCAAUUUGUCUGUCAUAGUUGACGUGUACCUAUGAUGAAAAUUACAGGCCUCUCUCAUAUUUUUAAGUGGGAGAACUUGCACAAUUGGUGGCUGACUAAAUACCUUUUUCCCCCACUGUAUAUCCACAUAAUUUUCAUGAUGUCAUCUAUUUUGUGAAGUGCACCAGUCCCUCCUGCAGCAAAGCACCCCCACAGCAUGAUGCUGCCACCCCCGUGCUUCACGGUUGGGAUGAUGUUCUUCGGUUGCAAGCACCUCCCUAUUUCCUCCAAACAUAACGAUGGUCAUUAUGGCCAAACAGUUCUAUUUUUGUUUCAUCAGACCAGAGGACAUUUCUCCAGAAAGUACGAUCUUUGUCCCCAUGUGCAGUUGCAAACCGUAGUCUGGCUUUUUUAUGGCGGUUUUGGAGCAGUGGCUUCUUCCUUGCUGAGCGGCCUUUCAGGUUAUGUCAAUAUAGGACUUGUUCACAAGGUCCUUUGCUGUUGUUCUGGGAUUGAUUUGCACUUUUUGCACCAAAGUACGUUCAUCUCUAGGAGACAGAACGCGUCUCUUUCCUGAGCGGUAUGACGGCUGCGUGGUCCCAUGGUGUUUAUACCUGCGUACUAUUGUUUGUACAGAUGAAUGUGGUACCUUCAGGCGUUUGGAAAUUGCUCCCAAGGAUGAACCAGACUUGUGGAGGUCUACAAUUAUUUUUCUUAGGUCUUGGCUGAUUUCUUUUGAUUUUCCCAUGAUGUCAAGCAAAGAGGCACUGAGUUUGAAGGUAGACCUUGAAAUACAUCCACAGGUACACCUCCAAUUGACUCAAAUGAUGUCAAUUAGCCUAUCAGAAGCUUCUAAAGCCAUGACAUCAUUUUCUGGAAUUUUCCAAGCUGUUUAAAGACACAGUCAACUUAGUGUAUGUAAAUUUCUGACCCACUGGAAUUGUGAUACAUUGAAUUAUAAGUGAAAUAAUCUGUCUGUAAACAAUUGUUGGAAAAAUUACUUGUGUCAUGCACAAAGUAGAUGUCCUAACCGACUUACCAAAACUAUAGUUUGUUAAUAAGAAAUGUGUGGAGUGGUUGAAAAACAAGUUUUAAUGACUCCAACCUAAGUGUAUGUAAACUUCCGACUUCAACUGUACGUCAACAUAUUGAAAGAGUUCACACUAGUUGGCGGUCGUGCCUUAUUAUGUCACAAACCAACAGGAGAGGAGUUGGGUAUCCUUUAGAAAGUACGUUUAACUAUCUCUUCCUCUUUUCUUGUGAAUUUUUUCUUCCUUUGCUUUGAACCAUUUCAAUCCAUCCUGUUGAUUUGGAACCCUUCUGGUUUGGCUGUUGGGGUCUGACUGCUGGCCACCAGUGCAGCCUCUGCAGCUCUUAACAUGGGAUACCUGUUAUUUUCAUUAUUUAGUCCCAACCCCUAUGUCUCCCUCUUCACAAUCAGUGAGCACCACCAGUGAUGCUGGCAGCCAGGAGUCCGUAGAUGGUGGGACAGUGGGAAGGUAUAGAACCUGCUCUUUACUGUAUCACACACCGACACACACACACUCACACACACACACACACACACACACACAACUGCUAUCAGAUGUAGUAUUGAUGUCAUGGAAAAUGUUCACCGUUACAAACAAGCAAAAGGCAUUUUAGUACUGUUCAAUUAUUUUGCAUAUGAACACACAUAGACACAUGGAUGUACAACUGGAUAGAAUGGCAUUGGCAUUAUAGAAAAAAAGGUAUAUUGUAUGCUAAAAGCUUCGGUACCCUCUCUCUUUGGUUCUAACAAUUCCUAAAUGUAUUGUCUAUCAAUGUAGCUAACAUCAUGAACACAUGACAUUGAACACAAUAACUGUGGAAAUGACUGCAUCCCGAAUGGCACCCUAUUCCCUACAGUAAAUAGUAUAUAGUGCACUACUUUUGACAAGGACCCAUAGGGCUUCUGGUCAAAAGUAGGGCUCUAUGUAGGGAAAAGGGUGCCAUUUGGGACUCAGACAAUGUGUAUGUGCACAGAGUCUCUGAUGUGAAUCCCUUCUCUUUUCAUCUUGUAAUGGGACUUCAGAUAUAGGUAAGAACCAGAGUCCAUGUAGUAGUGAUUAUGGAGAGGAGGUUUCUGUUCAGGGAGACUUCAGUGUCGUCGUGCAGUGACAUCAGUUGAUUAUGUGACAUCAGUGACAUCAGUUGAUUAUGUGACAUCAGUGACAUCAGUUGAUUAUGUGACAUCAGUGACAUCAGUUGAUUAUGUGUGGUACUUGAUCAUUUUGUGACCUUGUAAGAUUCUCAAAUUGUAUGAAGACAGUGAAACUGUGAAUGUAAUUUCUAUUGAAGCAGUGAAACUGUGAAUGUAACUUCUAUUGAAGCAGUGAAACUGUGAAUGUAACUUCUAUUGAAGCAGUGGAACUGUGAAUGUAACUUCUAUUGAAGCAGUGGAACUGUGAAUGUAACUUCUAUUGAAGCAGUGGAACUGUGAAUGUAACUUCUAUUGAAGCAGUGGAACUGUGAAUGUGACUGUGUCCCAAAUGGAACCCUAUUCCCCAUAUAGUCAACUAUUUUUGACCAGAGCCCUAUGAGCCCUGGUCAGAAUUUGUGCACUACUACAUAGAAAAUAGGGUGGUAUUUGGGAUCCAUCCUGUGUUUUGUUUAAUGUUUGUUUUGUGUACCACUGUCAUGCAUGAAUUCAUAUGUUCUGAAAGUGAUGUCCCUUGAGUUGAUGUAUUGACUCAUUUAUGCUGUUUUGGCGCCCCCAUGCUGCUGUGUUUAGGACCCUGCAGUGGGACACGGACCCCUCUGCUCUCCAGCUGCAGGCCGACUCUGAGCUGGGGUAUGUCUUUCCUCUUGAUGCUGCUCCCAAAUGGCACCCUAUUCCCGAUAUAGUGCACUACUUUUGACCAGAGCCCAUAGGACUUACACAAAGGUUAUAUUUUUCUUGACUGAUAGCAGAGUGUUCACUGUAUGUUUUCUAAACAAUUUAUUCCAUCUUUCAGGCGCAGGAUGCACAGACUUGGAGCGUCAAAAAUAGUACAGAUUGACUUCCUUCCCAAAGAGCUUGUGACCUACACUAAAGAGACCCAGACUCCUUCAGCAGCACAUCAAUCUGAAGGUAAUGAAUAUUGAGUUGGCUGUUGAGUUGACUCUUGAAUUUGAUAUGACUCUUGAGUUGACUCUUGAAAUUGACUCUUGAGUUGACUCUUGAGAUGACUCUUGAAUUUGACUCUUGAAUUUAACUUUUGAGUUGACUCUUGAAGUUGACUCUUGAUUUGACUCUUGAGUUGACUCUUGAAGUUGACUCCUGAGUUGACUCUUGAAGUUGACUCUUGAGUUGACACUUGAAGUUGACUCUUGAAGUUGACUCUUGAAGUUGACUCUUGAGUUGACUCCUGAAGUUGACUCUUGAUGUUGACUCUUGAUGUUGACUCUUGAAGUUGAUUCUUGAAGUUGACUCUUGUAGUUGACUCUUGAAGUUGACUCUUGAAAUUGACUCUUGAAAUUGACAAUUUUAAUGCAGAGCUCUAGGUUGGUUUGUACGAUUGGGUAUGCUUGAUAUUUUUCAAUGUGCUCUCUCCCACAGAUUGAAAGAAUGUUGAAGCCUAUGUUGUAUGUAUGUGUGUAACACAGGAGGUUGGUGGCACCUUAAUAGGGUAGAACGGGCUCGCGGUAAUGACUGGAGCGGAAUAGGUGGAAUGGUAUCAAAUACAUCAAACACAUGGUUUCCAUGUAUUUGAUGCCAUUCUAUUUGCUCCGUUCCGGCCAUUGUUAAGAGCCGUUCUCCCCUCAGCAGACUCCUGUGGUGUAGAACAUAAAACAUGUGUUUCCUCCCAGAAGAAGAAGAGGAUGAGGAGGGCACUGAGGCUAAAGCUGCCCCUCAGACUGACCAGCCCGAGGAGGAGGGAGAGGCAGAGGACAGUAAAGAGGGUAAUAAUUACUUGAUGUACUUUAACACACUACUUUUAGGAAAAGCACUCGCACAUCUGAGGUUACUUGUUGCAUGGGAAUUAUUUGAUGAUAAAUCAGAUCUAGCCAAACAUAUAAACCAGGGUUCUUCAAUUCCGGUCCUGGAGGGCCGAAACACCUCUGUUUUUCAUCGUCUCCUUCUAAUCAGGGGCUAAUUCAGACCUGGGACACCAGGUGAGUGCAAUUAACUACCAGGUAGAAAUAAAAAACAGAAGUGUUUCGGCCCUCCAGGACCGGAAUUGAAGAACCCUGAUAUAAACCAACAUAUGUUCUCAACACUGGUAUCACAAUAUGUGUGUUCCUCUCAGCCCACCCCAGAGAGCUGACGGAGGAGGAGAGGGAACAGAUCCUUCACUCCGAGGACUUCCUGGUCUUCUUUGAGCGGUCGGUCUCUGUGGUGGAGCGGGCGCUGGCCGAGGAGGGAGACAUCUUCUUCGACUACAGCGGCCGGGACCUGGAGGACAAAGAAGGGUGAUAACAUUGAGCAUGGGGCGUGUCCCAAAUGGCACCCUGAUCCCUAUAUAGUGCACUACUUUUGACCAAGGUCCAUAGGGCUCAUCAGCCCAUAGGGCUCAUCACAGCUUUGUAAUGAAUUUUCCAUGAAUAUAAGACAGUCUCAACAGCCAAUUAUUGCAGGAUCUCCAUUUGGGAUAAACACCAUGUUCCCUGUGGAUGGAUGUGAUAGGAGGAAUAAGUACACAUUACACUGGAGUAGCACUGGAGUAGCACUGGAGUAGCACUGGAGUAGCACUGGAAUAGCACUGGAGUAGAACUGGAGUAGCACUGGAGUAGCACUGGAGUAGAACUGGAGUAGAACUGGAGUAGCACUGGAGUAGCACUGGAGUAGCACUGGAGUAGCACUGGAGUAGAACUAGAGUAGCACUGGAGUAGAACUGGAGUAGCACUGGAGUGAACAUCUUUUCCAUUUCUCUUUCUCCCUUAUCAGGGACAUGCAAGGUGGAUCCAAUCUGUCUUUCAACCGUGUGUUCCAUGAUGAGCACUGGUCCAAACACCGAGUAGUCACCUGCUUAGACUGGUCCCCACAGGUACAAUGGAACUUUCUCCCAGUUUAUAACAUAUCUAAUGUAUCUACUUCCUUCAUUUCUUUUAUUUCUCUAUGUCAAGACCACAGAACUAGAAUGAAUGCCACUUUGAGUGCACCCCUGAGUUUACCAGUCAUGAUCAGAGGUUCCAAGCCCGUUCUGUUCAUUCCAUUUCUAUGGUCAAGACAGAAGAAGAAGAUUUGGUUGAAGUAACAAUCCAGUCCUGUUCUAUACUAUAUUGUGUAUUUGCAGUACCCUGAACUGAUGGUGGCCUCUUACAACAGCAACGAGGAUGCUCCACACGAGCCUGAUGGGAUAGCGCUGGUGUGGAACAUGAAAUUCAAGAAGACUACUGCAGAGUAUACGUUUCACUGCCAGGUCAGCAGCUGUUGACUCAAUCAGAUUUGUUCAUCUGAUGUGACGUAAGACUGAUGCUUGAGAGAUGAUAGAAGCAUGACAUUUCAUCAUAGAACGUUGAAGUAAUUUCACUUGAUAACAUUCAGAACCAUAAGUUAAAAACAUAAUGGAAGGGAAUGUAUUGUUGAAUAUCACAUGAUAUAACAUGGUUUAACUUGAUUAAAAUAAUUAAUCUAUAGGUCUAGGUAGUUUUGCUGUAUAUUGGCCAUCUAAUUUUACUCUCUCUCUCUCUCUCUCUCUCGCUCUCUCUCUCUCUCUCUCUCUCUCUCUCUCUCUCUCUCUCUCUCUCUGUCUUUCUCUCUGUCUCUCUCUCUCUCUCUCUCUCUCUCUCUGUCUUUCUCUCUGUCUCUAUCUCACUCUCUCUCUCUGUCUCUCUCCCUCUCUCUCUCUCUUUCUCUCUCCCUCUCCCUCCCUCUCUCUGUCUCAGUCGUCAGUGAUGUCUGUGGGCUUUGCUCAGUUCCAUCCUAACCUGGUGGUGGGGGGAACGUACUCAGGACAGAUUGUGUUGUGGGAUAAUCGUAGUCACAGGAGGACCCCCGUCCAGAGGACCCCUCUGUCUGCUGCGGCACACACUGUAAGGUUAACAGAACACCUCCCUCCACACACUGUAAGCUAACAAACACCUCCCUCCACACACUGUAAGCUAACAAACACCUCCCUCCACCACACUGUAAGUUAACAAACACCCCCUCCACACACUGUGACGUAACAUAACACCUCCCUGCACACACUGUAAGCUAACAGACACCUCCCUCCACACACUGUAAGCUAACAGAACACCUCCCUCCACACACUGUAAGCUGACAACACCUCCCUCCACACACUGUAAGCUUAACAAACACCUCCCUCCACACACUGUAAGCUACAAACACCUCCUCCACACACUGUAAGCUAACAAACACCUCCCUCCACACACUGUAAGCUAACAACACCUCCCUCCACACUGUAAGCUAACAACACCUCCCUCCACACACUGUAAGCUAACACAAACACCUCCCGCCACACACGGUAAGCUAACAAACACCUCCUCCACACACUGUAAGCUAACAAACACCUCCCUCCACACACUGUAAGCUAACAAACACCUCCCUCCACACACUGUAAGCUAACAAACACCUCCCUCCACACACUGUAAGCUAACAGACACCUCCCUCCACACACUGUAAGCUAACAAACACCUCCCUCCACACACUGUAAGAUAACAAACACCUCCCUGCACACACUGUAAGCUAACAGACACCUCCCUCCACACACUGUAAGCUAACAGACACCUCCCUCCACACACUGUAAGCUGACAAACACCUCCCUCCACACACUGUAAGCUAACAAACACCUCCCUCCACACACUGUAAGCUAACAAACACCUCCCUCCACACACUGUAAGCUAACAGACACCUUCCUCCACACACUGUAAGCUAACAGACACCUCCCUCCACACACUGUAAGCUAACAAACACCUCCCUCUCAUAUACUCUACUGUAGCGUGUUUGUAUCAGUGUGACCUCUGGGGCCGUAUCAAACUUUAUAGAGUAGGAGUGCUGAUCUAGGAUCAGGUCUCCUGUGUCCAUGGAAUCUUAUUCAUUGUCAUCUAAAAACUCCUAAUCUGAGAUGCUUAAUAUAUACGUCCCCUGAUCUCUGAUUCAAACUAGUUUGUUUGGCAUUUUUAAAAACGAAUUCAAAAAGAUUUCAAACAGAUUUGUGUUAACCUCAUCCCCAGGCCAAUUGCAUAUAGGAAGCGUUGGGAGGAAGUGUCUGGGGAAGAAGAUUAGAUUUAUGGUUACAUAUCUAAGAACCGAGCUACUGUUCUUUCCUCUAGCACCCAGUGUACUGUGUGAACGUUGUGGGUACCCAGAAUGCCAACAACCUGAUAACAGUGUCUACUGAUGGGAAGAUGUGCUCCUGGAGUCUAGACAUGCUCUCUCAGCCACAGGUGAGCAGAGGGGCAUCAUGUUGCGUCCUAAAUGAUACCCUAUUCCCUUUAUAGUGCCCUACAUUUGACCAGGGCCCAAAAUUAGUGCACUGUAUAGGGAAUAGGGUGCCAUUUGGGAUGCAUAUAUCGCGAUAAACUCCAAUUAAUUCUCCUCAGAGAAUGUAUCUAAAUAAAUGAUUUAAUUAUAUAUUAUUAUCCAUAAAGAAAAUGACUAGUAUUUGUCUUUGUUCCAUGUUUAUUGAGGUAAACUACAUGAGCAUGCAUUUAACAGGAGAGUAUGGAGCUGGUGUACAAUAAGUCCAAGCCUGUAGCAGUAACAGGAAUGGCCUUCCCUGCCGGAGAUGUUAACAACUAUGUGGUAGGAAGCGAGGAAGGGAUGGUGUACUCUGCGUCCCGCCACGGCAGGUUAGUGAGCUGAGGCGCAACAGGGACAGUUAUUUAUAACAUCAAUGUGUCUUCAUGUUUCCAUAGAAACUGCACAUGACGUUGGGGGAUGUGUGUAAAGUCAGUCUCUCAAAUUAUCUAUAUUUUACAGUGUUACAAGUGAAUGCAACCUCAUGAAGUUGAUGUUAUUUAUUUUUUCAUAGAAACAGCACAAGACGUUUGGGAUUUUGUGUGUAUCCUUCGACCAACCAAUCUUAAGGCUCAUUGUACUAAGUGAAUGCCUUGUGAUGUUGUUGUGUGCAGUAAAGCAGGUAUAGCGGAGAUGUUUGAGGGGCACCAGGGCCCAGUGACUGGGAUCAGCUGCCAUAACGCUGUGGGCACUGUCGACUUCUCACACCUCUUCAUCACGUCCUCCUUUGACUGGACAGUCAAACUGUGGUCAACCAAGGUAAGACAAGUCUCUACUCAGGGUAUUAUCCCUGUUCCCUGAUCUACAAUUUAAACGAACAAUUACAAGACAAUUAUAACUGCCACUCAAGGCCUCAAAGAACCCUCAGCAGUAUCAGCAUUCCUCGUGCUGUCUCCAUAGAAUUAGAAUGAAAUAGAAUUCUCAUUGAAUAGAAUUCUCAUUUGUCAUUCUGUCUGUGUCUGCCUCUCUCUCUCCAGCACAACAAGCCACUGUACUCUUUUGAGGAUAAUGCAGACUAUGUCUAUGAUGUCAGUUGGUCCCCUGUGCAUCCGGCUCUCUUUGCCUCCGUGGAUGGGAUGGGCCGUUUGGACCUGUGGAACCUCAACAAUGACACUGAGGUGAGUCAAACAACCUCAUUGGUUACUUUACUUACUUAUGGCCCAUCGUUCCUUUGGCAGCAUAGGCCAUCGAUGACUCCUCUCCUUCACACUCUGUUCUGGGCAGUCUCCUCCAGCACGUUCCUCUACAUCACACUCUGUUCUGGGCAGUCUCCUCCAGCACGUUCCUCUCCAUCACACUCUGUUCUGGGCAGUCUCCUCCAGCACGUUCCUCUCCAUCACACUCUGUUCUGGGCAGUCUCCUCCAGCACGUUCCUCUCCAUCACACUCUGUUCUGGGCAGUCUCCUCCAGCUGGUUCCUCUCCAUCACACUCUGUUCUGGGCAGUCCUCCAGCUGGUUCCUCUCCAUCACACUCUGUUCUGGGCAGUCUCCUCCAGCACGUUCUUCUCCAUCACACUCUGUUCUGGGCAGUCUCCUCCAGCACGUUCUUCUCCAUCACACUCUGUUCUGGGCAGUCUCCUCCAGCUGGUUCCUCUCCAUCACACUCUGUUCUGGGCAGUCUCCUCCAGCUGGUUCCUCUCCAUCACACUGUUCUGGGCAGUCUCCUCCAGCUGGUUCCUCUCCAUCACACUCUGUUCUGGGCAGUCUCCUCCAGCUGGUUCCUCUCCAUCACACUCUGUUCUGGGCAGUCUCCUCCAGCUGAUUCCUCUCCAUUACAGUUUUUCUUAGUUAAUUGGUUACCACUGUACCGUUUCCUUUUAUACUGUACUGGAUGUGUAUGAUGCAGAUUAGGAUUUGAUCAUAUUCCUACAUAGCUAUCUGUUGUUGGUAUGUUGUUGUAAGAUAAUAUGAAACUUUUUUAAAAGGUGCCCACAGCGAGUGUGACUAUCGAGGGGGCAUGUGCUCUGAACCGUGUGAGAUGGGCGUCGGGAGGCAGAGAGGUUGCCGUGGGUGACUCGGAGGGUCGUGUCUGGAUCUACGAUGUGGGAGAGGUGAAAUAAUUAAGUCCAUAAUUUAAAGGGUUCUAACAAUGAGAGAAUGGGUGCUGUACCUGAAACAAGAUGAAACGCAUUGCCUUGUUGUUGUGCCUUUUGAUUCUUAUUCACUUGUUGCUGAAAUGUGACACAUUAGUAGACUUAGUUAGCCUACUGUUGUUUCUAUCCAAUAUGUGACAGACCAUGUCUGUCUCCUGUAGCUGGCAGUGCCACACCCUGAGGACUGGAGCCGCUUCGCCCGCACCCUGGUUGAGAUCCGUGCCAAUCGCGGUGAUGGAGAGGAGGAGGGGGCCGUGGAGCUGGCAGCCUGA